AGGAAGGGUGAGAGAGACAGAGAGGGAGAGUGUGGUGAAGACUCGGAAGAAUAAGGGUCAGUACAGGGUUUGUCUUUGAAAGGAGAGGAGCGAUUUCUGCACGUGUGAGAGGGAUGUGUGCAUGUGUUUUGUUUGCUCAUACUAAUAGUUAAGGCCAUUCUUUCACCGUGUGCACAGAGGACAUAUCAAAAAUAAGCCACCGCCAUGAGCCGGACCACCUUCUUUGAGGUGGAAGUUCUUGAUGCCAAGACAAGGGAGCAGCUUUGCUUUCUAGAUAAGGUGGAGCCCCACUCGACAGUAGGAGACAUAAAGAGCCUUUUUCACAAAUCAUAUCCUCACUGGUAUCCAGCAAGACAGGCCCUGAAGCUUGAUCCAAAAGGAAAGUCACUCAGAGAUGAUGAAAUCUUACAGAAUCUACCAGUGGGGACCACUGCCACCAUGUAUUUCAAAGAUCUUGGUCCACAAUUAGGAUGGACUAUGGUGUUUCUUGCAGAGUAUAUCGGGCCCCUUCUGAGCUACCUCCUCUUCUAUUUUCGAAUACCCUACAUUUACUCAAACAGAUAUGCACUUAGUUCCAGCCCCCACCCUGUUGUCACACUGGCCUGCGUCUGUCAUACUUUCCACUACACGAAGAGGCUGAUAGAGACAAUCUUUGUGCAUCGUUUCUCACAUGGGACCAUGCCUCUCAGGACUAUAGUCAAGAAUUGUGCCUAUUACUGGGGGUUUUCAGCAUGGUUGGCUUACUAUAUCAACCACCCUCUCUAUACGCCUCCAUCAUACGGAGAACUGCAAGUCAACUAUGCAUUAAUUCUAUUUGUGAUGUGUGAAAUGGGCAACUUCUCCAUUCACUUGACUCUGAAUAAGCUCAGGGGAGAUGGACCCAAGGGUAGAAGAUUUCCUAUGCCAAAUAAGAACCCCUUCACCUGGCUUUUUUUCUUUGUAUCCUGCCCAAACUACACAUACGAGGUUGGAGCUUGGGUGAGCUUUUCUAUCAUGACCCAGUGUCUGCCAGUGGCAUUUUACACAUUACUGGGGUUUAUUCAGAUGACCAUCUGGGCCAAAGGAAAGCACAGAGCCUACAUCAGGGAAUUCAAGGACUAUCCCAGUCUCCGAGUGGCUAUUAUACCUCUGAUUCUUUGAUAAUGGUUAAAGCAUGAACCUCUGCGGCAUACAAAGAAACAAAGAAGUCUGCUGCUGCUGCUACUAUGCAAUUUUGUCUACAAAUGAAUGAGCUGAACUAGGAGGAAACAGAGCAAUAAUGUGGCUGUUUAUGUGUUUAAGGCUUUUAAAAAACCUUUUAAAGUCAGCAAUAAUAGCAGUGUUUAAUAUCAACAGAAGAUUGGAUUUCUUUCUCAAAGGUUGAUUUAGCAUUGUGAUAAAACUCAAGAGUUCUUCCUGUCAUAUUAGCUACGCUUUAACAUUUGGAUUUUCUAUGUUUGAUUCUUUCAGAAUAUUAAGGAGUGUUUGAGAAACCAGUGAGGAGUGCUCACUGCAUAUUGGUUUGUUAGCAUAGGUUGUAUUGCUUUUUAUUACGAGAUGAAAGUUUUCUAGUUACAUGUAAGUGAAAGAAAUUGAGCAUACUCAUCCUCAUCAUAAAGUGCCUGCGGAAGCAAACGAAGAAAUUUGAAAUGUCACGGCAUCCAUUUAAGAGUGCGACAUCACUUUUAAGCUCUCAGGAGGAACGCUGAUAAAGCAGGUGUUUAAUCACGCUAAAGUUAAGCCCUUCUAUUGCGUAUCUCAGACAGUUUUCUCCAGACAAGUGCAAACUGUACUGACGUUAAUGUACAGAGACUUUAUCAGGUAGUCAUUGAUAAGUGCUGCAGUUCUCAAGCCUAUAUUACCUAAUCUCAGGUUAAAACUGUUCUUUUUUUGAUUAUAAAAGUGAAUGCAAGGUCUGAAUAAAGGUCCACAGCUUAAAGAAAACACACUUUAUUAUUUAUUAUACUCUGUCUCACAGAAACACGUCAUCAUCUUCUAAUGACACUAGGUGCUGCAAACAAAUCAUGACGACAAAGCGCAAAAAUUAAAAAUUAAUGGCAUAAAGAGAUCAUAUUAAUGAAAUGUAUUUAACAGCACAAGAAGGAUUUUCCAAUGAUUAUGAGCUGUAUUGCACAGAUCACCAAUAAAUCUCAUGUUACUUCGAGUAAUACCGCAUCAAUAAGGUGCUAAGCCUUUGCUUCUCUGAGCCCUUACUCCACAUAUCUAAAGAAGGCAGUGAAAGUGAAUCUUGCUUGGCAUCUGAAGCAAAAAAAUAUAUAUAAACAAUCUAUGCUUUCUUUACACACCCACAUUGAAGUUUUUUUUCAUAUUUCAUCAGUUAAAGGCCUAAAAGGUGAGCAGAACGUGGAACAAAUAGCAGGCAGGCACAGAAAUGCUCCACAGUUUCCAAAAAGUCAAAGCCCGCUAACAUUGUUUACCGGAGAAGCAAAAUCGAGCAGCAUGCGCUUUUGCCACGAGUGAAAUCAGUUUAAGGGAUCGACUUCUUCACAGGCUGUGCUGUGAGGUUAGAAGAUGCAACAGAUCGACUGCAACAUUCGAAAGACUCCAUCAAACGUGGAUUUAAAACACAAAGGACUUCUUUUCCCCAAAAGUUGGAAACCAAAAGUUCAUCCUCUUUUGGCAUCCAAAAAAUGAUGCGCCUGUCACUGGUGUCUGUUGGGUUGGGAGGGAUUUUUCUGCAGACUGUCUCAAAUCAAAAGGUGGCCCGAUUAUGCCUACUAGCUUUCAGUCCCCUCGAAGUACACACAUCAAUAGGACUUUGAACACUGGCUGC